UAUUGUAUUUAGAGUGCACACACGACUACAGAAUAUUACUAAACUAUUUAAGCUUCGAUUUAUUUAGAUCACAGACACAAUGCUGCGCAUUCCCGGGAUGCCUCUGCUUCCGGGCACUCUAUUCCGCGAUGUAUCCAAGGGCCACUAUCCCAAGCCGCAAUCGCUGUCCAACUUCCAGGGACUCAGCAUGCUCAGCGAUCGCCAGCAACCGCCUCCCGUGGAAUCGGGCAGCGUUACGGUGGACAUAAGCUGCCCGCCCGUCGGCGCCGCCUCCAUUUAUCCGCCGAGAUCGGGUCCCCGGAUGCCGCCGUGGCUGGCCUACGACAAGAAGGUGCUGUGCUUCAACGCCUACUUCAAGCAGACCCUCCAGGAGGUCUAUCACGCACCCUACUUGGUGCGCCGGGUGAAGAUCUACUACUAUCUCGAGGACGGCACUUUGGAGAUCUACGAGCCGCGCGUCGACAACUCGGGCAUCGUCCAGGGAUGUGUGGUCCAUCGGCAACGCGUCCCGAAGGCGCCGCCCUGCGACAACGAGUUCAUGUCCUUAAUUGAUUUAAACGUUGAUCAGACCGUUCAAAUAUUCGAUCGGCAGUAUCAUAUCACCAAUUGUGAUCAGUUCACGCGGGAUUUUCUCAACAAGCGCGGCAUAACCGUGCCGGAUCCAGUGAAAUCGCCUUGCGAUCCCACCGAGGCGUUCAGAAAGCGGCAGGAGCAACCCAAAGUGGGCAAUCUUAUACCGAAGAACCACCCGUUUGCCCAGUUCCUCAAGUACGAUCGGCAGAUACUCAAGUUUCAGGCCUACUGGGACGAUCGCACCGAGUUCGGAGACGUACGAAAGCUGGAAGUGUGUUACUAUCUAGCCGACGAUACUAUAGAGAUCAAGGAACAACACAUUCGAAACUCAGGUCGCGACGGGCCGACAGUAUUUCUUAAGCGAGGUCGCUUGGCACGAGAAUUCGAAGGCCUCACUUUACCAGGUCAGAUGACUCCGAUGACGCUUCUGAACGUUCUGGGCACAAAUAUGCGCAACGUGCGCUACUGCGUGGAUCCUUUGAACACGGGCAACAAGGAGAUCCACUACUACAGGGAGCGGGAUCUGCAGAUUGGCAGCGUGAUAAAUGUCUAUGGCCGGGCGGUGAUAAUCACCGAGCUGGAUCCCUUCACCCAGAACUACUAUCGUCAGCGUUAUGGGAUCCAGGACUUCACACCGCUGCCGAUUCCCAGCCGAUCCGACGAUUGUGCGGAUCACAGGGCGGGCGAACGCCAACUGCCGCCGUACAACGGAUGGGGCAGCUACGAGGAUUCGGUGGGCAACUGCAUCUCCGUGGAGCCCAAACCGCCGCGGACGGACUUCAAGAAGUUCAUCAAGUACGAUCGCUACGUUCUGCGCUACGGUGCCAAAAUGCUGUCGACCAUCAAGGCGAAUUGCGAGCGCAUUUUCGUGAUUAGCUACUAUCUCAGCGAUGAUACGCUGCAGAUACAGGAGAUUGCGGUGCGCAAUUCGGGCUUCCUGGGCGGCGAGUUCAUGAAGCGCACCCGUUUGGAGCUGCCCGGCCAGGAGAGAUUCUCGUGCAAGCAGCCGCAGUACUACAUGCCCUUCAACUUCUUUAUCGGCUCCACCAUGUCGCUGAAGGACUUCAUCUUCCACAUUGUCUCGGCGGAUGAGUACACGCUCAUGUAUAUGGAGCACCAUCCGGAGAUCUUCAGCCAGGCGAAUGUGGUGCUCAUCAUGGAGAAGGUUCGCCGCUCCCUGCAGCAUCGAAUGGCCGAGUUUGUGGGCUCCUGCGUGCCGGAUUGUACGGAUCUGGAGAAGCAGCGCGAUGUCUUCGUGUCCUUCGAGAGCUUUAAGGGCUCGCUGAUCGGCAUAAUUGGCAAUCAGAUCAGCGACCACGAGAUUAUCACCUUGUGCAGGCACUUUUCGGCGGAGCGCAGUCAGCCGCAUGCCUGCGAUCGUUCGACUGUGCGGGCGGCUGCCCAUCUGGAGCUGAAGCGGUCCCUGUGGAAUGCCCGCGAAGAUCUGAUGGAGCACUUCCAUCACAUCAAUCCCACGAAUCAGCCCUUCCUGCCGGAAUCCAAGGUGCGCUCCGCCCUGCGCGGCUGUCGCCUGCCCUUCUCUCUGGAGUUAAUCGACAACAUCCUGUCCAUCUUGAAUCGCAACGAGUGCGAUCACAUCGAGGUCUGCGACCUGAUGAACUUCAUCGACGUUUCCUGCGGCAAGGGAUGCGACAUGGUGCCCGUGAACCACGCCUUCGAGCUGUGCCCCAAGAUUCCGUUCCUGAACAAGGGUCGUGUGGUGAACUUCACCUGCUUCCUGCGGGAACUCAGCCUGCCCCUUGAUUUGCCCUCGGCUGGCGAGAACAAGAACGACACCAUUGGCGAGGCCAGGAUCCUGCCGCCGUCGGUGAUGUCGGACGCCGAGUUCCCAAAGCACCAGGAUGAAUCACCACCUCAUCAUUGAGCUUCUAUCUAUCUAUAUUCCGUUCCAAAUUUCUGGUUGUAAUUCAUUCCAUUCUGGUUCGAAAUAUAUUUAAAAAUCGGUUUAUUCUUUCGGUUAAAUCAAUCCCUAGAAAUAUUUAAAAAUCGGU